AUGGCCCUGUCCCCCACGCCUCCACUAGGGCCCGGUGACCUGCUACCCCCCGAGACCAGUGUGUUGGAAAACCCCUGGCUCGGCGCCGAACCAAAAUCACCAUCGGUGGACCUCCCCAUAUCCGUUCCCAAUCCGUGGACGUCAGAAACCAGUACCACUGAAACCGCCGUUAAAACUGAUACCCAGCCCUGGACUGCCGACUCCAUACCCCUGGAGGGUUCAGAAUGGGCGAAUGAGACUAAAUCCGCUCACAUUGACGACGAUGACGACGACUGGGACGAGCCACAGUGGCUGGUACAACCAUCAGUGUCCCCACCGAUAAAAGCUCAGACAAAACUGCUAUCGCCUCAACCAGUACCGAAACCGCCGACAACACUGCCACGAAAGCCACCGCAGUUUGAUCAUGCCAUAACCAAGAAGUUGUUUGAUGAUAAUGACUUCAAAGUGAACUACCCCAAACCCAUCACUAAAACUUACCCUGAGGCCAUUCUCCAGGAUGAGCCUAACGCUACUCGCUACUACAACGACCUCCAGCGGUAUACCCCUCAGUUACUCAAGGAAGACGGCACCAAUAGCAUUGUCCGCUGGGUGGACUCGCACAUCCAGGUGUCGCAGCGAGUGGUGGUAGAUUCAUGGGCGGGCGUGUCGCUGGGGCUGCUGAAGAAGAAACAGCAGCUGAAGGCAAACAAGUUGUUUAAGUGGGCGUCGUCGGAUGCCUACGCCGAACAGAUUAAGCGUGACUAUAUGAUCAAGACGGGAGUCAUCGACCCUAGCCUCGGCAAUAACGUCGACGCUCAUCAACAGGACAAGGCGCCGCCGGGGAUCCUGAACUUGGUGGUGAAUCCAAAGCUUUCGCAACAGGUUUUCGAAAAGCUUACCCGUUUGAUCGAACAGGAAGCCAACCGGUUUGUGCGUAUUCGUAUCGAGAAGAAACGGCUCCAACUCACCAAAGCCAUGGCCCACCAGAUUUCCGAGCGUAAACGUAAGGACCACGAGAACCACUUGUUGCGCUUGAAACUCCGUGAAGAAGAAUAUGAACGUGAAGGGCUCACCACCACCGAUAAAGGCAGCAACUCCGGUGGCGGGGCUGCAGCAUUCUUCAACCAACUUAACUUCUGGGGAUCAUCCAAGAAGAAAGCAGAAACUCCCACGGGUGAACCCACCGAGACGGAAAUGGUGCCUCUGUUUUUGGAGACGGGGACGCCAGAAGACGACGACGAAGCCGUGCCCGAAUCUGAGCUCAACCCUGGCGAUAAAGCCAUCCAGGCGUUUACCAAAUUAUUUUCCACUUCAAAGAAGAAACCAGAGACGACUGGUAAUGCUGCUGAUGACGAGUUUGAUGAUUUCCAAAAGGCGUUGACGCCUACUCCUGAGCCUCAACCAGUCAACAUUGCCAACUCUCCGGCCACCACCGAAUCACAACCGUCACCCGCAAAUAUUGCUUCAGCCCACAAACCAAUGCCAAACAUCCCUCGUCCCUCCGACGACUUUGCCGAUUUCACUGCUGCUCCUGCUCUCCCUUCGAAGCCAAAGAAGCAGGUGUUGGUGGCCCACAACCUUCCCAUGGCGCCGUUGAUUCCUCUGCCAAAUACAGUAACACUGCACGCAGGAGGUACACCGGUAUUGUCACCAGACAAGCCAUCAACAAUACUAUCCCCUUCAUCAGAUAAGGCUCAGUCGAUAUUGUCGCCCACUUCGAAUAAGACUGCGUCUGUAUUGUCGCCUACAACGGCUAAGCCUCCAUCGGUAUUGUCUCCCACAUCGGCUAAGGCUCCGUCAUUAUCAUCUCCCGCAUGGAAUAUCGCUCCGUCGGUCUUGUCUCCCACAUCAAACAACACCAAGCUGGCUACCCAAUCACCCGACCCGUUCAAGUUGGACUCAAUACUAUCGCCGAAGGCGGCUCUGCCGUCAUCAACAUCAUUCAAGCCAUUGUCAACGCAAGCAGCUCCGUUACAGCCAUCUAGUCGUCCCCAACUGCGUCCAGUGUCGAUGAUGGUUACCAAUGAUAAUCAUCGUGACGUCCUCAACGAGCUCGAGAUCGCUCGUUCAGUAUCACCCGCCAAAACCUCUCAUCCGUUUAUUCCCUUACCGACGGUGACACUGAAGGAACAGAACUUGGUCGACUUGAUGGACGUAUUCGGCCAACUGCCAUCGCCACCGCCACAAGCGAAUCACAAAGGAUCCAAGCUGGCAGCUAAUGCUAGCGAAACAAACCUUUUGGAUCUCUGA